UUUAGGGCGGGGUUGGCUUCUGGGGCGGAGCUCCAGGCGGGUUGUGAGUGGCUGCCCGCCGGGUCCGUUAGGUGUGCACGGUCGGCUAUGGCCUGGCUAGCUCUGUGGCUGUGGGUGUCCGUGGCCUGGGCUGGGGCUGAGGCCUGGCUCUGGACUGCCGCGGACCCGGGGACGGCGUCUGUGGCAGCGGGGCUGGAGUCGAUCGAGGCCCCGGACGGACUGUUCGCGGCGGGUGCCGCGGCCUACGCCCGCGGGGACUGGGCGGCGGUGGUGCUGCACAUGGAACGGGCGCUGCGCUCCCGGGCCUCGCUCCGAGCCUUGCGUCUGCGCUGCCGCUCGGAGUGCGCCGCCCAGCACCCCUGGGAGCCUGAGCCGGGGCUCGAGGCCGAGACGAGCCGGGCCGCAACUGCCCUGCAAGACCUGCGCUUCUUCGGGAGCCUGCUGCAUCGUGCCGCCUGCCUCCGCGCCUGCCUGGGCCCGCCCGCCGCUCACACCCUCAGCGAGGAGCUGGAGCUGGAGUUCCGCAAGCGGAGCCCCUACAACUACCUACAAGUGGCCUACUUUAAGAUUAACAAGUUGGAGAAGGCUGUUGCAGCUGCACACACCUUCUUUGUGGGGAACCCAGAGCACCUGGAGAUGCGGCAGAACUUGGACUAUUAUCAAACAAUGUCAGGGGUCAAGGAGGAGGACUUCAAGGAUCUCGAGGCAAAACCUCACAUGCACGAGUUCCGGCUGGGUGUGCGGCUCUACUCAGAGGAGCAGCCCCAUGAAGCUGUGCCCCAUUUGGAGGCAGCCCUGCAAGAGUAUUUUGUGGCAGAUGAGGAAUGCCGUGCCCUCUGUGAGGGCCCCUAUGACUAUGAUGGUUACAACUACCUCGAAUACAAUGCUGACCUCUUCCAGUCCAUCACAGAUCAUUACAUCCAGGUGCUGAGUUGUAAACAGAGUUGUGUUACCGAGCUUGCCUCUCAUCCCAGCCGAGAGAAGCCCUUUGAAGAUUUCCUCCCAUCGCACUAUAAUUAUCUUCAGUUUGCCUACUACAACAUCGGGAAUUAUACCCAAGCUAUUGAAUGUGCCAAGACGUACCUGCUCUUCUUUCCCAAUGAUGAGGUAAUGAACCAGAACCUGGUCUAUUACACAGCGAUGCUGGGAGAAGAACCGGCAAAGUUCCUGAGCCCCCGGGAGAAUGCCCAGAGAUACCGACACCGAAGCCUGUUGGAGAAGGAGCUGCUUUUCUUUGCUUACGAUGUAUUUGGAAUUCCCUUUGUGGACCCAGACACAUGGACCCCAGAGGAGGUGAUUCCCAAGAGACUGCAAGAAAAGCAGAAGACAGAACGGGAGACAGCUGUACGCAUUUCUCAAGAGAUUGGAAACCUCAUGAAGGAGAUCGAAACUCUCGUGGAGGAGAAAACAAAGGAGGCUGUGGACGUGAGCCUGCUAGCUCGGGAAGGAGGCCCCCUCCUCUAUGAUGGAAUCAGCCUUACCAUGAGCUCCAAGGUGCUGAAUGGCUCCCAGCGGGUGGUGAUGGAUGGAGUCAUCUCUGAUGACGAGUGUCGGCAGCUACAGAGACUCACCAACGCAGCAGCAACCGCGGGGGAUGGGUACCGCGGUCACACGUCCCCCCACACCAAAAGUGAGAGGUUCUACGGGGUCACUGUCUUCAAAGCCCUCAAGCUGGGCCAGGAGGGGAAGGUGCCCCUGCAGAGUGCCCAUCUCUACUACAACGUGACCGAGAAGGUGAGGCGCGUCAUGGAGUCCUACUUCCGGCUGGACACGCCCCUCUAUUUCUCCUACUCCCACCUGGUGUGCCGCACGGCCAUCGAAGAAGCCCAGGAGGACAGGACCGACAGCAGCCAUCCGGUGCACGCGGACAACUGCAUCCUCAACUCGGAGGCGCUGGUGUGCGUCAAGGAGCCUCCUGCCUACACCUUCCGGGACUACAGUGCUAUUCUCUACCUAAACGGGGACUUUGAUGGAGGAAACUUUUAUUUCACUGAACUAGACGCCAAGACAGUGACGGCAGAAGUGCAGCCCCGGUGUGGCAGGGCGGUGGGCUUCACCUCGGGGGCCGAGAACCCGCACGGGGUGAGGGCUGUCACCAGGGGGCAGCGCUGCGCCAUCGCGCUCUGGUUUACCCUGGACCCCCGGCACAGUGAGCGGGACCGAGUGCAGGCAGAUGACCUGGUGAAGAUGCUCUUCAGCCCCGAAGAAUCAGACCUGUCCCAGGAGCAGCCCCAUCACGAGUCCCAGGGCUCACCUGUGCCUCCCACGGAGCCUCCCUCAGCAACCAAGUCAGGGAGCAAGGAUGAGUUAUGACAGUGCCCGGGAGGAAGGGCAUUGGCUGCACAUGGAUUGAUGGGGAAGCGGGGUGCCUGCGGUGAGAUCGUGCUGGCCCCCUCAAGUGCCUUGGGGCUAGAGAACUGUCGUGACUUCUGUCUGCUGCUUUGCACCAAUUUGCAGAGCCAAAGUGACCAGACACGUCCCCCAGGCUUGGUGCUACUACUUGAGUGGCUGGCGGGAAGGGCCGGCCUGCUGCUUCUUCCAUGGCCUGGAGGCUCUGGUCUCCCUCUCUGGGGCACUGGGCAGCUGCCAGGAGUCAUGGUGCAGGCCGGCUUGCAGAGCCAGCAACACUCCAGUAUUUGGGUACCUUCUGUAGACAACCAAAGAAUAAAGGUUUUCUUUUCUA